ACCACUCUCACUUUCACUCCCACGCACACCUCACCACUCGUUAACCAAUGCAAGUACUGGUAUCUAUUUGCUACAAUCCUAUCAGUCUCGUCAUCCGUACUUUUUCAUACUUUUCCUCUUCCUUUUUCCUUCAUGCCACCAUGUUGAAACACUUCAAAGGUAACAGACACGCUUCAACUGAAUGCUGAGGGAGAUUGCAGGCGCCGGAAAAAGCAUCCAACCAGCAGCUGGGCAGCUUUGAGGAAGCACCGAGCACAAUAAUGGGCAGAGACUUGGUUGGAAGAAGUCAGGCUAUAAUCUCGGGGUUAUAUACCAGCGGUAAGAUUUACAUGUAUUUCAUACUGGAGCGGAUCCGAUUCUCAAUCGGUCGUUUGUUCUGACUAGAAAAGACUGUCUACAGGAAGCGCACCAUCUUAUCCGCCAUUUUUCCUUCCUCUAUCUCUUACUGAGAUUGUUUUGUUCGCUUAUAUUCUGCCCUGCUCUGGCUGUUACUCUACUCCGUACAAUUCUUUCAUAUUCUGAUAGAAUUAUCAAGAAGGUCCCGAGUUGGUGAAGCCAAGUGAAGGGAUUUACCAAGAACCGACCAUCCCCAAGCACGAAUCCUUCUUGUCUUUCGGGACAUAUACUGGUCACUAGGACCAUUGUUCGAGAAGUUUUGUGAUAAUGCAGUUUUCAAUUUUCUUACUGGAUACAUUUUCUAUCAUCCGAAAGUCUCCACAGAGCAACUGGAGUCAAUACUGAGUUUCCAGUGCCCAUGAGCUACCGGUACCCAAAUGUCGUCCAGAAAAGAUGGGCGGAAGCUUCCCUAAGGUUUCUGUAGGUACCGAUUGGAGGUGGCAAAAAGUGGAGAAGUCUGAUGUCAAGAUACUUGCAGUACUGUACUACCAAAGGUGGGGUAACAUUUUGAACUACACAACCACCAAUUCACUUGAAUGUUGAACGAAGAAUAUCUUGUCACAUUUUGAAUAAUACGGGUAGAGCGGAUCGUACGGCACGGAAUUGAACACUUGACCAUAAUAUUAUAUUUUCUCUGUAUAUCAAUUUUGAUUUAUCUUCAAUAACAACGCAAUAUGACUAAAAUGAAAGCCCUUUCUGUUGGACACAAUACCAAACUUGCAAUGUCGCACAAUCACAACGCCUCCAAGAUCAUCAAAGGCACAAUUGAUGCUGAUGAUGAUGGUCUGCGCGAUAUAAAUCUGAAGGUACGGGGCUACCUCCUACAAUAACAAGAUCAAUCGCUAAUCCUCAAACAGAUCCACGCAAACCCAGAGCUCUGCUUCAAAGAAUACCACGCACAUGACAACAUUAUCAAAUUCCUCGAGGACCGCAACUUCAAGGUCAAGAAACAUGCUUAUGGCCUGGAAACCUCUUUCGAGGCAGAGCAUGGAGAAGGUGGUCGUCUCUUAGUUUUCAACGCCGAGUACGAUGCUUUACCCGGAAUAGGACAUGCUUGUGGACACAAUUUGAUCGCCACAUCCUCAAUAGCCGCAUUCUUAGGUGUAGCAGCCGCCCUGAAAGAAUCCAAGAUUCCUGGUCGUGUUAGACUAUUGGGAACACCAGCCGAAGAAGGCGGCGGAGGAAAAUUGGUACUCAUCGAAAAGGGAGCGUAUCGAGAUGUAGAUGCAUGUAUGAUGCUUCAUCCCGCAGCUCCAGUGGAAGACCCAAAGUUCUCGGGCAAGUCAUUCAUCAAAUCGAGUGCGGCAACUCAUUUCAACGUCCAUUUCACAGGCAAGGCGGCUCAUGCUGCUCAGCAUCCUUACGAAGGAAUCAAUGCUUUGGAUGCGGUGGUACUAGGCUAUAACGCGGUUAGUAUGCUACGGCAACAAAUUCGUUCUUACGAAAGAGUCCAUGGAAUCAUUACGAAAAGUGGAGCAGCCAAUAAUAUCAUACCUGCGGAUACAUCUCUUGAUUAUUGUGUACGGAGUGCGACGAUUGCGGAGAUGGAAUCUCUUCAGGACAGGGUGAUUAAAUGUUUUGACGCUGCUGCACUCGCAACGGGGUGCAAAGUGGAAUAUGAAAAGUGAGCCUUUAUGUUCCAUCCCCUAACAAGAAGAUUCCCUAACUUUGUGACCAAAGAGCGACAGCCUAUGCUGAUCUAUGUCCCAACUAUGUUCUUUGCAAACUCUACGCCGACGCAAUGGGAGAUCUUGACUCGCCUGUAACUCUCGACACCUCAUCCGUCAUUUCAGCCUCAACAGACAUGGGUCCGUUUUCCCAUCAACUCUCUCAAACCAGUAUACUGUAGCUUCUACUAACAUCCUUUCAUAUAGGAAAUGUCACAUACGUAUGUCCAGGGUUCCACGCCAUGUUCGGCAUCCCAGUCACCGAAGGCUCCGCAAACCACACACCGGGCUUCACGGCGUGUGCAGCUACCAUCGAAGCUCACCGUCUCACCAUUACCGCCGCCAAGGGAAUGGCAAUUGCCGGUUGGCAGGUUCUGGAGAGUGAGGAGGUUGCAGCGCAGGUUCGACGACAGUUUGAAAAUGACGAUAAAAAAAGGAAUCAUCAGAAUUGAGGACGAGCCGGUGAGAUGAAUGCUUGUUAUCACGGAUGAGGAUCUCAGCAUGUGGCAUGCAUCUACGGGGAUCUUUUAAGUGGAAGAAAAUCAAUGGAAUGGCCUGGUGCCAUCUACGUCGUGCUUCUUAUUAACAGUGUUAUGAACUACUUUACAUGCCAAUACCACAUAUGACAUACUUGUACCAACUCCC